CUUUGCAGUAUCUCCGGUCAAAUCGCUGCUGUUUAAUCACUACUGAUUUAUUCAACAUGAGCUCAAGCCCUUGCACAGCAUAUAGCUGGACUACUGGACGCCAAAAGCACUGUAACUACAAAAGCCACCUCAAAUUAUUCUAUAAAGCAGGCGACCGAGGCGCCUGGUCAAUAGGCUCAAAGUUGAUAUUGAAAGAUCGAAGUCCUAGUCUUCCGACCUUUGAGGUACCAAGCGAACACACUCUCAUAUUGAUGCGACGCAUCCCUGGUGAACCUCUGAGCAAAGUUUGGUCAAAGCUUUCUACCGAUGAAAAAGAGAGGAUAGCAAAGCAGACUGCUGAGUAUCUACAGCAACUUCACAAUCUCCAGUCUGAUAAAAUUCAAUCUCUCGGCGGUCGUCCAGCUUUUUCCAACUUCCUAUUUAAAAACAAGGAUUCCAAACCUUCCCAAGGUCUUCUCGCAUCUGGUAGCAAUCUCUGGGCUGAUAUGGAGCGUGGUUUGAAAGAAACGAUCCCGGAGGCUGCGCGAGUACGGCGUCAACAUUGCAUGCCAUCCGCUAUGCCUUACACCUUUACGCAUGGCGAUCUCACAAAUGUCAAUAUCAUGGUUGAGAACGGUUCACUUACUGGUAUCCUUGACUGGGAGAUGUCUGGAUACUUUCCAGUAUAUGAGGAGGACAGAGAGUGGAAGGCGUUGCUACGAAAAUAUAUGCCUGACUAUGGCGUCGCACGCGAGUUCUGGCUGGGCUAUUAUUAUCUCCGCAGGGAUUUAUACAGUGAAAGAGCGAUGAAGUUCAUGAAAAAAAAAAAAAUAAGGAAUGAGACCCAUGAAGGAGGGGUCUAGCCUAUCGUUCAACAACAGCAAUGCCCUCCCUCCAAUGUCUUCGGCUUGCAAUUCGGGGGAUCCCAAGUGACGGAAAUUUUAUAGGUAGUCUGGCACGAGUUUCCUCGCCGAUAAUGACACCAGUCCAGGAUUACUACUCAUCAGAUUAUGCGGGGGCACAGGCACAGGCACAGAUGCCAGCAGGCUUCUUCGUCCGGAGCUGAACACGCACACAUGGACCAUUGAAUAAAGAAAUGCAAUCAUUUUCCUUCCUCAAUCCUCCACAAGUGAUAAAACCUCAACCCCUCAUACCAAGACCAAAAAACCGCUGCCUAGGACUCCGUCCGGAGGGGAUCUCCUCUCAUCACUCUAGCCCUACCCUAAGGAUCUAUACAUAGCAACAACCAUCCCCCUCGCAGGAUGCUA